AUAUACCGGACACUUUCAAUCUCCGUUUUCUUGCCCUUUCGUCCUCUUCAAGAGCCAACCCAAACCUUCGCACCGAUUUGCUGCUCCUCCGGCCGGCCAUGGGAGCAUCGUCUUCAACCCAGACCUCCUCCUCCUCCUCCUCCAACGCUCAUCAAGAAGAGGAGUCACUCGCCGCCUCUACCACUCCUCUCCCCCUCCUUCGCGCUGCUUUCUCCAACCUCUCCGUUCCGUCUGCUCUUCAACGAGCAUUCUCCCUCCCUGCCUACCAAACCCUACCUCCUCACGCCUCCUUCUCUGUUCCUGGCUUUUUCCCGGGAAUCUUGUCGCAGAUCGGUCCUUCCGUUGUCGAUCUCUUCUUCUCUCCAUCAACCGAUGAUGGCGACAUUGAUUGGCUUGGCUUCCUUCGUGGUUACAACCGCUGCUGCGCUCGGGCUUCAGCUUCUUCCUCUCUUGCCACACUUCUCCGCCUCUACUCCAUGGCGUGCUCCAAAGCCGGGAUCCCUACCAAACUAAGUUUCGAUCUGGAUGAUCCUAUUGAGGGCAAGAUCGAUGGGUCUCUUGGGGCGUCUGAUCUGCUUGCGCUUCUCUGGGUUUGUUGGAUCAUGGGACGGUUGUUGAAGGUUUCAAACGGUGGGGAGAUAGGGAAGGGUGUUGUCGUGCUUCCCGAUGUGAGCCAUUUGGUGAUCUCUGCUUUGGUGGCUUGUGGUGAGAUCGAGGAUGAUGAGGGUAUCUGGGAUUUUGAUGUUGCUGGGUCGGAGAAGUGUGUCACGGCGCAGAAGUUUUGUAUGUGGGUGCUUUCCACGGCGCCAAACCUCGUCCAUUGCUUUUCUCAGUAUGUGCAGGAGCGGGUUCGAGCUUGUGCAUCGGAAGAGGGUGAUGCAAACUCCAGUUUACCCAUCACUGACAAUGCCACCUUGAGAGAUAAUAUUGAUACCUAUCUCCUUACAUGUGGAAGAGCAUGGGCAAUAUCUCUUACACUAAGAAACAUUGGAGGUGUAGAACUUUUGGGGCAAUGUUUUUAUGGAAUAGGUAGCGAAUUACCGGAUAAUCUCCUAUACAGGUCAUCAAUUCAUGGUAAGGGUUUGACCAGGUUCUGGUCCAAUGUUGAAGGUUAUCAUGGCCCUUUGCUUUUUCUACUUGCUGCUAGUUCAGCAAAUACCAAUGAGGGCAGUGACAGUGCUAAAAAGUGGAUUAUUGGUGUACUAACUGGACAGGGAUUUGAAAACAGAGAUACAUUUUUUGGAAGCUCUGGAAAUCUUUAUGCUAUAAGCCCAAUCUUCCGUGUGCUUUCACCUUUAGGGAAAGACAAAAAUUUCAUAUACUGCCGCUUGCAUCCUUCUGUUAGGGUCUAUGAACCACAUCCUAAGCCUGUUUGCUUGGCAUUUGGAGGAACCAUGGGGAACGAGAGGAUACAUAUUGAUGAAGAUUUUGCUAAAAUUACAAUUCGUCACCAUGCAGUUGACAAGACUUACCAACAUGCUCCUCUUAUCCCCAAUCAGGGUUUCUUAGCCGUAGAGGCUUCAGUGCUGGAUGUUGAAGUGUGGGGUCUCGGCGGGAAAGCAGUGAAGGACCAACAAGAUAAAUAUAAGAAGCGGGAGACGCUCUUUUCAGAGCAAAGACGGAAGGUUGAUCUAAAAACUUUUGCUAGCUGGGACGAUUUACCGGAGAAGAUGAUGAUGGACAUGAUGUCUGACCCAAAUACAGUUAAAAGGGAGGACCGUUAGAUGAAAAGUUGGAUCAUUCAAUGUAUGCAUCUUUCACUACUAUGGCUUCUGUCUGUAGUAUAACAUAAACACACAGCUUGUAAUUUAUAGGAGUUAAACCCGGUGUAAAAUUUGUAAAAAACGAUCACACAUGUUACCAGUAUGAAUAAGAGUUUUUAUAAUUUAGAAUGUGCAAAGAUGAUGUCUUUUUUUACUGAUA